AAUUUUCAUAAUAUAAUAACCAAAAUGCCCUGUUUGUAAAACUUAAAAUUAGAGAGAAUAUUGAGAAGGAGCCAUAGGAUAUAGGAAAAGAGGGGCUCCUGAGGCCUGGGUAUGAGUUUGAAUUCUUCCAAGAAUCAUCUGGGUGAUCCUGGCACAGUCCCAUAAAGCUGUCUGUGUUGCAGAUCCCCCGUCUAUGAUAUGAAGUGCCCUCCAGCCCUUCUUUCCUGUGGUGUGUGACUGUUUAUUUCCGUUUAUGUUUCCUUUUGCUAUCUUCUGCAUAUUUUUGUUUUUGGAGGGUUUUGUUGCCUUUUUUCUGAUCUGCAGUUGUAGUUGGUAUAUAAUCUGACUGUUUCAGUUUUGAAAGCAUUCAUAAUCCCAAGGAAGGCUGAUUAGAAUACAGAGGCCUAGGAAGAAAGUACCAGGAGUUAUUGAAGAAAGUCGUUAGGUUUAUUCUCGUUGUCCUUCAGGGAUCUAGAGUUUGGACAUUUGUGUUAAAUGAUGUCAGAUGGUGGUUGGUGAAGAAGGAACACGUGGCCCCUGAGAGGUCUCUGGAUAGUUGCAGGGUAAUAGUUAAUGUGUGUUAUGCCUGUGCUACGCAAAAAUGAUAAACACCUGAUCCCCAGUGCCAUGAUUCUAGAGCAAAAGAUAGACCUUCCAUGCUUAGGAACCCCUCAGUGAGUGUUGCUCAAACUUCCCCAAACCUGCACGAGUAAAGAACGAGUCCUCCUCUUCCCUGGGCUGCCAGUCUGUAUCCUCGGAGUGUCUGAGAGGUGUUGGCAUGAGUUUGUAGAGGCCCGGAGCAGUCAGAUGUAGAGUGGGCCUAGGUGUUUUCUAGGUCUGUACUAUAGCUUGGGUUGGGAAACGGUGUCUUCCUCUCUGCCAGUCCAGGGGGCAGCACUGUUUGUAGCUUCUGGACCCUCUUUAGCCCCAGCUGUUCUUAGCAGAUGUGAGGGGUGCCCUUGGUGACCCCCUCUUCCUAUCACUUGAACCUACUAGAGAGCAACCAGUGCUCUCCUUUGCUUGAGCUGGCCCUUACCAGCAAAGUUAACGUAGAAAGAAUAUUUGCGGAGGAGUUGGAAGAUUUACGUUUUAGUCCUGGGUCUGCCACUAAUGCUGUGUCACCUGGGGCACUCACAUCACCUAAGAACAUUUCUAGAGAGCUUUUCACUUUCUAAAUUGCCUUCCUUACUACAACGCUGUGUAUUGUUAUUGCCAUUUUAAGGCUAAGGACGCUGAGGCUGAGGAUGUUUUCCAUACCACACAUGCAGCAGUUGAGCCCUCUGCUGUGGUUCCCUUAUAGUUUAUAGCUGUCAUCCAAAGGAACUUGACUCUUUUAAAAUGUUUUUUUUUAGAAUUUAAAGCUUUAGUGUGGUUUUGUCACUGGGAGAAGCAAGGAUCUCAGGUCUUUGUAGCAAGAGAGCCCAAGGCCAAGGUUGAUCUCACUCAUGGCUCUUUUCACCUUCCUUAGCUCCAUCUGCUCUGUAGGUCCUUCUCCUUCCCCACAAGGGGCACACAGGAGACCAGGUGAUGGCGGCUGCCCUCCUGACAGCCAGGCCUCAGGAGUUGGUGACAUUUGAGGAUGUGGCUGUGUAUCUCUCAAAGGAGGAAUGGGGGCUUCUGGACCCUGCUCAGAGGAGGCUCUACAGGGACGUGAUGCUGGAGAAUUAUGGGAAUGUGGCCUCGUUGGGACUUCCAGUUUCCAAACCUGACUUGAUAUCCCAGCUGGAACGAACGGAUCUACCAUUGGUCCCACGUCUGCCCCAGACUGAGAUUGAAGACCUCUUUGAUGAGAAAUUAGAUAUUACCUUCAUUAUGUCUUCCAAACGUCCAUCUGACAGUAGUGGCCCUUCAGAGAAAAAAGCCCAGCGCAAAUCUAUCUCUUUGGGAAAGAAAGUGGAGAUAAUCAAACGAGUAGAAGCUGGAGAGAUGAAGAGUGAGGUGGCCCGUUCAUUUGGCUUGGCACAGUCAACCUUAAAAUCCAUUUUAAACCAAGCCGAUAGAGUGAAGGCUUCCGUGCACAAUUCCAGUAAUCUCACUGCUGCCAAAGUGACCCGAAUCCGAAGUAGUGUCAUGGAGAAAAUGGAGAACAUGUUAAGCAUUUGGGUAGACAACAUGAUGCAACAUCACAUGCCGCUGAGCCAGGCGUUGAUAAUGCAGAAGGCUCUGAGUUUAUUUGAUCAUUUGAAAGCGCAGGCAGGUGAAGAAUCCAGCAAAACGUUUGUGGCUUCCCGUGGAUGGUUUGAGAAGUUCAAAAAGCGAAAUAAGAUUAAUAGCAUUCGCCUCAUGGGGGAAUCUUCCAGUGCUGAUAUUAAGGCAGCAGCAGAAUUUCCUGCAGUGCUCAAGGCUGUUGUUGAGAGAGGGAACUAUUCUCCAAAUUUAGUUUUUAAUGUGAGUGAGACCGGGCUAUUCUGGAAACGCUUGCCUUCCAGAGCCCUCUCCCAAGAAGAGAAGGAUGCUGCUGGCUUUAAGGCUGCUAAAGACCGUCUGACCAUUCUGCUAGGCAGCAAUGCGUCAGGAAACAUUAAGUUGAAGCCUCUCCUUGUCUACCAUUCCGAGACUCCUAAACACAUGAGAGGUUUUUCUAAACUUAAUCUGCCUGUGAUCUGGAAAUCCAACAGGAAGGCCUGGGUGACGGUGGACAUGUUUAAUGACUGGAUUGUUAAUCAUUUUUGUCCUAUGGUUCAGUGUUAUUGUACAGAGUAUGGUUUUGAACCCAAAGCAUUAUUGGUCUUGGACAGUUCCAUGGGCAGCCUGUCCAGUUUUGACUCACUUCAGACCUGUAUUCCCAUCGAGGUCUUGUUUCUUCCCCCAAACACAGCCUCACUUCUGCAGCCCAUGGACCAGGGUGUCUUUGCAGUGUUUAAAGCUUACUACCUGAGGUGCACUUUUAGUCAGCUGCUGGAGGUUAACAGGAAUAAUAAGCAACUUCCAAUUGGGGAAAUUUGGAAGGAUUACAACAUUAUGAAGGCAAUUGACAAUAUCAAAAUAGCCUGGGCAGAAGUGAAUAGUCUUUGCCUAAGUGGUGUUUGGCGAAAGGUGUGGCCCGAUUUAGCAAAUGCUUUCUUUGAGGUAGAGUCAGAAAUUUUGGCCAUUACCACAGAGGUUGCCCAUGUGGCAAAGCUAGUAGGCUUUGAGGAGGUCACCCUUGAUGCCGUGCAAGAGCUGUUGGAUAACUCUGGAGACACGACGAAUGAAGACUUACAGGAGUCACCUGAGCAGUGCUUCACGGAGGAAGAAGUCGACACCAGUGAGGACAGCAGGGAAGCAGGCCCCGAGCGAAUGUUGACGACAGAGGUUCUGUCUAACUGCUUGGCCGAAGUCUCACACGCACUGGAGGUUUUGUCAGAGAACGAUCCUGACUGUGAACGAAGCUGUUCAGUGAAGCGUACGGUUUUACAGGCUUUGGACUGCUACUCAGAGAUGCUUCAGGACAGAAAGAAGGCACGCCCGGCUAGCUUGGAAGUCUUCCUAAUGAAACCUAGCCCUGAGCCAGAAGAGUCACAGCCAGGUCCAUCUGUUGCCCUGUGCAGCUCAUGGCCUCUCAGCUAAAUACUCCUGCCAAUGCAGGGAGACAAGGCCAGAGUAAAAGCUGCUCUGUUGAAUUUGUGUGUGUGGGUGGGUGUUUUGUGAGUUGUACAUUUUCAAAGUCUACGUUAAAUUUAAAACCUUGUGUUAAUGUGCUUUUGUAUAGCACAUGUUGUUUUGGAAUUAAAUGACAUUGGCAUAUCAUAAUUCCCCCUUGUGACAAUCUGAAACACAUGCCUAAAUUCUGGGAUAGGAUACUAUCUAUGUACAGAGCUGUAUAAACUGAAAUUUUCCCUGGCCUUCUAGGCUAAAACUUUUGCUCCUAGAGGGUGUGGUUGGUUGCUGAGACCUGUAAUUCAGGCUUUUUUCCCAAAUGGACAGUGGUCUUAGAAACUGAGAUUAGCCCACUUAGGAAAACUGAAUUAUACUAUUUUUCUAGCUAUACAUAAAGACUAUGAGAAAAGAGACCAUUUUCAGGGUUGGGGAAGGGUGGGGUGUGGUGGGGACUAGGCCUGUGAGCAUAUUGGGUCUAGGGAACUCCCUCUACUAAUGUCAAGUGACUUGCCCGAGAUCACACAAGCCAGUAUGUGCCAAAGGUAAAAUUAGAACCCAGGGCUUCUAGAGGCUUUAAGGCCAGUUCUCUAUCCACUGGCAUCAUUUGAAGCAAGAUAACCACUGGCAUCUUGAUAUAAUAGGUACUUGAAUAAGCUUCAACUAGAUUUCUCUUACUUUUAGUCACUUUAACAAAAAUUUUGAAUAUCCCUAUCCUCCUCUGGAAAACCCUCUAACUUCCAAGUACCUCUUUAGGGCUCUGAGCCAAGUACCUCAUUUGUUCAUUGAUUGAAUAUACAGUGACUGAGUGCUUUUGCAUCUCUUGCAAUUCCUUUGAGCUUCCAGAGUCACCUGUGGAAAGCGGUUGUGGGAGCAAAAUUGUCUCUCCUUUCCGUGGGUCAUAUCCACUGAAGACUCAAAUGGUGGUUCUGCCACCCUAAUUACCAUGAAUUGUAUAUUCCUUGAGUUGGGGAGAAAUUGAUCAAAGAGCAAAGUGUGGGAUACCUGCUAGGUCCUCCUUGGAUUUCAGCUUUUAAUGCCCCCUCCAUUCUGUGGGAGCUCUGGGUGGCCUUAAGGAUUCUUUAUGUAAGAGUAUUGAAUUAUCAAGCUCCUUUGCUGGGAAAAACAUUUGCCUAUCACCUGGCUGCCCCGAUAGCCACUCUUCAAAUAAUCAUUUUCUGUGGAAUAUCAGACAUUGCUAAGUAGCAACAUUUUUCCAUUGCCUCGAAAGUUUGUGUCUCCAGCAAUGGCAUUUCAAGCUUUGUCACAGUGUAUUAAAAGCCUAUUAAUUGGCAUUAUGUGGUAUGAGAAGAUGCGGAUUUGAGGCCAGGUUCCACCACUUGUUAUGGAUUGCCAUUGAUGUUAUAUAGCCUUUUCAGUCCUUGGUGUCUUGACUGUUAAAAUAGGAAUAUUACUUGUCCAACCUACCUCACACUUUGAAAAUGAACAUGUAGAAAUGUGAGCUGCUAUUGUUACUGUACCUUAAAAGUUCAAAUCCAAUAAAUCAAUAAACAAGCCUUUGUUAAGCACCCA